UUAAAGACAUAUCUUUACUUUAAAAAGGAGGAGGAGAUGCGCCAUGGCUUCGGUAGCUGUGGCUUCUCCCGCUGGGUCUGAGCCUCACCAGCCCCUCCCCCAGGAGACAUUUGCAGUGGGCCAGCCCUGCUCCACUGUAACCAUGUGUGACCACAAGGCGGUGAUCAAAAAUGCCAAUAUGUCAGGGGAGAUGCAGCAGGACUCCGUGGAAUGUGCUACUCGGGUGUUGGAGAAAUAUAACAUAGAGAAGGAUAUUGCGGUGCAUAUUAGAGGAGAGUUUGAAAAGAAGUACAAUCCCUGGCACUGAAUCGUGGAGAAGAACUUUGGUAGUUAUGUGACACAUGAAACCAAACACUUCAUCUAUUUCUACCUGGGCCAAGUGGCCAUUCUUCUGUUCAAAUCUGGUUAA